UGCGAAGGCAUUUCUGCGUUUCGCAUUCCGAACAACGUUUCAAGUGGCAAUGGAAAGUGCCACGAAGAGACGGAAGCUGAGUGCUUCAUCGGGCGGGCGAGCGAAUGUCCCUGGCUUCGCACAAUGGAAUCUGGAGCAGGACUAUGAGACUCGACGGCGCAAGGAUGGCAAGAAGAAGAAGGCGGAGGACAAUCGAUUGCCAGUGAAGAGUCAGGAGAGCGGACAGUGGGAGCAGGAUCGUUCUCGACCUGUCGAUGACGAAGAGGAUAACGACAGCUUUUUGGCAAGCGACGACGAGGAGACCAAGGACAAUGAAGCAUCUAAAGAUGUUCUCCCUCCACCGAAACCGCGCAAGCCACGGUUACCACCAAAGGAAGAAAUCAGACAGGCAAAGGAAGAUCUCGCGCGAAUCGCAGGACAGAUCGGCGAGGAUCCCGAGGAACACAUAGGCCUGCUAGGCUCUUUGGCGGAGAUUGGAGACUCGCCUAACAUUUCAGUCAAGAAAUUGGCGUUAGGCGCUCAAUUGGCAGUCUUCAAGGACAUCGUGCCCGGUUAUCGCAUACGACCCAUCGCACCAGACGAUGCGAACGCCAAGAUCUCCAAGGACGUGAGGAAGCUGCGAGCCUUCGAACAGGGCUUGUUGCGAGGCUAUCAAAGCUAUGUCCAGCUGCUGUCGCGGCUAUGCAAGAAGAAAAAGUACCAAGAUGAGAAAGACGCUUCUCUCACCACCGUCGCUACAUCCUGCGUCUGCAACCUGGUCAUCAACCUGCCGCACUUCAACUAUCGCAACGACCUCAUCCGCGUUGUUGUGCAGAAACUCGCCAGCCGAAAUGUCGAUGCCGACUUCCUCCAAUGCCAGAAUGCGCUCGAGACGCUCUUCCAGAAUGAUGAAGAAGGCCACACUUCCCUGGAAGCCGUCAGUCAACUGACGAAAAUGAUGAAAGCAAAGGACUACAACAUCGUGGAGAACGUGCUCAAUACCUUCCUGCAUCUCCGCUUACUCGGCGAAUUCGCCCACAAGGCCUCCACGCAGCGAAUCGACAAAGAGGAGUCAAACAUCGUCCAGCCGAAGCAGAAAAAGGCAUUCCGGACGAAGCGAGAACGCAAGCUCCAGCGCGAGCGAAAGGAAGUGGAAAAAGAAAUGAAGGAAGCCGACGCAGUCGUAUCCUACGAAGAGCGCGACCGCAACCAAGCGGAAACGCUCAAGCUCGUGUUCAUCGCGUACUUCCGCAUCCUCAAAGCGCGCACGCCGCACCUCAUGGGCGCCGUGCUGGAAGGUCUGGCCAAGUACGCGCACCUGAUCAAUCAAGACUUCUUCGGAGACGUGCUGGAAGCCCUGAAAGAUCUGAUUGGCGACACGUACGCCGCGGUGCAAGAAGACGCAGAAGGCGAGGCCGCGACCGACGACGAAGCGCGCAACGCCACGCGCGAACUCCUCCUCUGCAUCAUCACCGCCUUCGCCCUUCUCCAAGGCCAGCACGACGUCGCCAAAAGCGCAAGCAGCCUGCAUCUCGACCUCAACUUCUUCAUCACCCACCUCUACCGCACGUUACUCCCCCUCUCCCUCAACCAGGACAUCGAACUAGGCGCCAAAACCACCACGCAUCUCGUCGACCCCAACGGCCUCGACGUCCCCUCCACAACGCUAACGCCCAACAAAGUCAACGUAGCCACCACUUCAGUCCUCCUCCUCCGCUCCCUGCACUCCGUCCUCCUCCCCCCAACAGGCACCAAACUCGUCUCCCCCGUGCGCGUCGCGGCCUUCACCAAACAACUCCUCACCAGCACCCUGCACGUGCCGCGAAAGAGCUGCGCCGCGAUUCUCGCGCUCCUGCAGCAGAUGACGAAAGUGCACGCCAGCAAAGUGGCGGCGUUGUGGCAUACGGAGGAGCGCAAGGGGGAUGGCGUGUUCUAUGCUGAGAGCGGAGAGGUGGAGAGUAGUAAUCCUUUCGCCGCGACGGUGUGGGAGGGCGAGUUGCUGCGGUUGCAUUUUGAUCCGAAGGUGAGGGAGGCGGUGGUGGGGAUUGAGAAGGGGAUUGUUGAGCGUGCGGCGUAGGUGGUCUUUUGCUGGUGCUGUACUAAGCCGUGGAGCAUACAUGUAUUCAUACCCCCUCAAUCUCCAUCAUAGCUAUCGGCGACGCAAAAAGAAAGCAGCAGGCAACCCAGAAUCGAACACAGGACCUCAUUAAAAAAGCACAAAAAAACAAACUCCUUUUCAGGAGAGAAAGCAAGGCGAGACUCGUAGGACCC